CGUGGAAAUUAAUACAAAACUAUUUAUGCAAUAAUAUUUAUCAAAAUGGUACAAAAUAAUUAUCAAGCUCCACGUUUAACUCCAAAACAUUUAGACCCAAAAUGUUUAAUGUUUUCUAUGUUUACUGCAAAUGAUAUAAGAAAUUUAAGUGUUACUAAAAUAAGGACGCCUCUAUCAUUUAAUAUAUUGGGACAUCCAUUGAAAGGAGGUUUAUAUGACCCAGCAUUAGGUCCUCUUAUAGAAAGUUCAGAUCCAUGUAGCACAUGUGGAUGUAAUGUUUACAAAUGUCCAGGUCACUUUGGGCAUAUAGAGUUACCUAUGCCUGUUGUAAAUCCAUUAUUUCAUAAAGGAUUAUGUACAUUGAUUAAAUUAACAUGCUUAAAUUGCUUUACUUUACAAAUUCCACCUUUUGUAAAGUUGUUAUUAUCUGCAAAAAUGGAAUUACUUCGAAAAGGAUAUUUCAGUGAUGUGGAAGGUUUAGAACACGAAGUUAUGCUUGUUGUUUCCUGUACACGUAAUCAUUAUGAAGUUGAUAUACAAUCUGUUCAAAAUGUUAUUGAUAAUUACACUGAAAAUCUUCUCAAUAGAGCAAGACUUGAACAUCCACUUGUGCAAUAUAAUGAAGUUCAAUUGAACACAAAAAAUAUGAAUACACAAUGGCACACAUAUGUUGAAAAUGUUCUUAAACAGUAUACAACACCGAAAGUUUGUGUACAUUGUGAAAACGCAAUACCAAAAAUUAUGACAUUAAAAAAUAAAAUUUUGACAACUAAAGUAUCUGAACUAAGUGAAGAAAAGGCAGAUUCACAGAAAGUGAUUCACAAAUUAGAUACAGUUAUGAUAAUGCCAGAUCAAACCAAAAAAUAUCUCAGAAAUCUUUGGCAAAAUGAGAAAGAGAUUCUUAAAGUAAUCAUACCAUGCUUUGGAAUGGUAGAUAUUGAAUAUCCAACUGAUAUAUUCUUUUUUGAAGUAAUACCAGUUCUACCACCUAUAGUUAGACCUGUUAAUUUUGUUAAUGGUCAAAUGAUAGAGCAUCCACAGUCUCAAGUUUACAAGAGCAUUAUACAAGAUUGUUUAGUAUUGCGAAAUAUCAUUCAAACAAUUCAAGAUGGUGAUACAAAUCAGUUACCAGAAGAGGGUAAGCUUGUUUUUGAACAAAUAAAAGGUAACACAGCUAUUGAAAAAUUACAUAAUGCUUGGCAAAGUUUACAAGUAAAUGUGGAUCAUUUAAUGGAUCGUGACAUGAAUAAAACAUCUGAGUCUGCAAAUUGUCAAGGGUUGAAACAAGUUAUAGAAAAAAAAGAAGGAGUUAUUAGGAUGCACAUGAUGGGCAAAAGAGUUAAUUUUGCCGCUCGUUCAGUUAUUACACCAGAUCCUAAUUUGAAUUUAGAUGAAAUUGGUAUUCCUGAAGCCUUUGCAUUGAAAUUAACAUACCCAACACCUGUCACACCUUGGAAUGUUGUACAAUUACGGCAGCUAGUUUUAAAUGGUCCUGAUGUUCAUCCUGGUGCAGUAAUGAUUGAACAUGAAGAUGGAGGUAUACAACGCAUUUCUACUAAUGAUCCUGUCCAAAGAGAAGCUAUUGCAAAACGUCUGUUAACAACAAGUGACAAAGCAAACAAAUUUUUUAAGGGUAUCAAAGUUGUACAUAGACAUUUACAAAAUGGAGAUAUCUUAUUGUUAAAUCGUCAACCAACUUUACAUAAGCCCAGUAUAAUGGCUCAUAAAGCACGUAUUUUAAAAGGAGAGAAAACAUUACGUCUUCAUUACGCUAAUUGCAAAGCUUAUAACGCCGACUUCGAUGGUGAUGAAAUGAACGCACAUUAUCCUCAAAAUGAACUUGCGAGAAGUGAGGGAUACAACAUAGCCAAUGUAUCUAAUCAAUAUCUCGUACCCAAAGAUGGUACACCGCUAAGUGGUCUUAUUCAAGAUCACAUGGUUUCUGGUGUGCGUUUAACUGUAAAAGGAACAUUUUUUGCACAAGAAGACUAUAUGCAAUUAGUUUAUGCUGCUUUGUCUACAAUGCAAGAUAAUAUAAUUCUUCUUCCACCUAGCAUUUUAAAACCAAAACCUUUGUGGUCUGGUAAACAAAUCAUAUCCACUGUGAUUAUUAAUAUUACUCCACCAAAUCAAGCGCGCAUUAAUUUAACAGCAAGUGCUAAGAUUAAUGUAAAAGAAUGGCAAGUUGAAAAAGCACGUCGUUGGAAAUGUGGCACCGAAUUCUCAAAUCCUACGACGAUGUCAGAAGCUGAAGUUAUAAUACGAAAUGGAGAAUUGUUAUGUGGUGUACUUGAUAAAACACAUUAUGGUGCAACUCCAUUUGGUCUUAUACAUUGUGUUUUCGAAUUGUAUGGUGGAACAUGCUCUACAAAAUUAUUAAGCGCUUUAGGUAAAUUGUUUCAAGCUGCUUUACAAAGAAAUGGAUUCACACUUGGUAUUGAAGAUAUUUUACUGUUGAAAAAAGCAGAUAAAAAACGUAAAGAAAUUAUUUCCAACUGUAGAAAGAUUGGAGAAGAUAUCCAGAAGUCAAUACUAGAAUUACCUGAUGAUACACCUAUGGAUAUAGUUGCAUCUAAAAUGGAAGAGUCUUAUUGGAGUAAUCCGAAAUUUCGCGGACUCGUUGAUCGAAAAUACAAAAGCGCCUUAGAUAUCUACACUAACGAUAUAAAUAAAGUAUGUUUGCCAGCUGGUCUGUUAAAAAAAUUUCCAGAUAAUAAUUUACAACUAAUGGUUCAAUCUGGUGCUAAAGGUUCUACUGUAAAUACUAUGCAGAUAUCUUGUUUACUUGGACAAAUUGAAUUAGAAGGAAAAAGACCACCUUUAAUGAUCAGUGGAAAAAGUCUCCCAAGCUUCCCUCCCUACGAUCCAACACCAAGAGCUGGUGGUUUUAUUGAUGGUAGAUUUAUGACAGGAAUUAAACCUCAAGAAUUUUUCUUUCACUGUAUGGCUGGACGGGAGGGUCUUAUUGAUACUGCUGUAAAAACUAGUAGGUCAGGAUAUUUACAAAGAUGUCUUAUCAAGCAUCUUGAAGGAUUAGUUAUUAAUUACGAUUCAACAGUAAGAGAUUCAGAUGGUAGUUUAAUUCAGUUUUAUUAUGGAGAGGAUGGACUUGAUGUACCAGCCUCACGAUUUUUAAAGAAAGAACAGUUAAGUUUCUUAGUAGAUAACAAGAAUGCUAUUGUCGAUAAAAAAAUGGUAAAGUGUUUAAAAGAAGAUUCGGAUACAGAAAGAAUUCUAAAAUUGACGAAAAAAAUUAAGAAAUGGGAAAGUAAAAAUGGAAGUGUAUUACAGAAGAGGAAACUUCAUCCAUUUACACGGUAUUCUAUGGAGAAUAUGAAUAUUAAAAGUUCAAAAUUCAAGGAAAUUGAUGAAAGGAGUGGACGAAAUAAGGCUGCACUUUCAUUUAUGAGAAAGUGGUUAAGAACCGCGGAGGAAGAUAAAAAGUGGGCUUAUGAUGAGUGUGAAAAAUGUCCUGACCCAGUAAUGUCGCAAUAUAGACAAGAUAUAGACUUUGGCGUACUUUCUGAACGAUUAGAAAAUUUAAUGGAUGAAUACAUGUCUAGUAAAUCCAGAAAUGUUGCGGUAAAAAAAAAAGAUUUAAGAGACCUGUUGUCUGUGAAAGUAAUGAAAACUGUUUGUCCACCUGGUGAACCAGUAGGUUUAUUAGCUGCGCAGUCAGUAGGAGAGCCAUCAACACAAAUGACAUUAAAUACUUUCCACUUUGCUGGUCGCGGAGAAAUGAACGUCACUUUGGGUAUACCUAGAUUACGUGAAAUACUUAUGAUGGCAUCGAAAAAUAUUAAAACACCUAGUAUGGAAAUACCAUUCCGAACAAAAUUAAAAAAUGUGACAAAACGCUCAAACAAAUUAAGAUUAAAAUUAACAAAAUGUGUUUUAUCAAAUGUUUUGGACAACAUUACUAUAAAUAGAAAAAUGGAACAAUUGCCACAUAGACAAUUAGUACAUACUAUUACUGUUAAUUAUCUUCCAUAUAAAUCUUAUAAAGGAGAGUUUUGCAUUCAGCCACAUGAGGUAUUGAAGAAAACAGAAGAAGUAUUUUUCAAGGAAAUAUUUAAAGAAAUUAAAAAGUUUGCUACAGGUACUUUAUUAUAUGUUGAAGAGGAAAAGAAAUCUACAAAUGACGAUGAUGUUUUAUUAGAUCAUGGCGAUCCUGAUGAAGGAAUAGAAUCUGAGUUAAGGUCGCGAACAAACUUAGGAGAAAUGCACGAGUCUUCGGAUGAAGAAGAUGCUGCGGAAGACGCAGAUGCUACUUUGAUACGAUCAAUUGCUCGUCAUAGAGAAAAUCAAGAAUAUGAAGAUCCAGAGGAAGAUGAAAUGGAAGACACAAGUGAAACGGAAGACGAUGCAGAAAAUGAAAAUGACAAAUCAAAAACAAAAGAUCAGCAACAAGAAGAAGAUGACGAUAUAGCAAAUGAAAAUUCAGAAUUUGUUCCAAGUAAAAGAUAUCAUACCCAACGAAAGCAAAAUAUUAUAAGUAUGUACAUGUAUGCAUUAGAAUAUGAUUAUGACGAGGAGAAAUUCGCAUGGUGUAAAUUAUCAUUUUGGUUACCUCUUAAAAUGAUUAAGUUAGACUUACCAACAAUAAUUAGAAAAGUUGCGAAUAGAAUUGUUUUGUGGCAGGUACCUCGUAUAAAACGUGCUUUUACAUUUCAAAAUAAUGAUGGAGAAACUGUUCUUAAAACUGAUGGUAUUAACAUAAUACAAAUGUUCAGAUAUGAUAAAUCUUUAAAUUUGAAUAAAUUGUACUCCAAUGACGUUUAUGGUAUGUCUCAAACAUAUGGCAUUGAAGCUGCAAAUAGGAUUAUUAUAAAAGAAGUGAGGGAUGUGUUCAAGAUGUAUGGCAUUACAAUUGACCUUCGACAUCUGUCUUUAAUCGCGGAUUAUAUGACUUUUAAUGGUACAUUUCAACCUCUUAGUCGUAAAGGAAUGGAAGAUGCAGCUUCUCCAUUACAACAGAUGAGCUUUGAAAGUUCUCUUACUUUCUUAAAAAAUGCAACUUUACAAGGAAAACGUGAUAACUUGGUAUCUCCUUCAAGCCGAUUGAUGUUAGGUCAACCUUGCAAAACUGGUACUGGAGCAUGCUCAUUGUUAGUAAAAAUGCAAAAGCAACCAGAAACAACUUUAUCUUUAGGAGCAUAA